AAAAAAAAUCAGAUAAAAUAUUAUGUGUAGAUUGAUAAUAAAAGGAAUAAUACAAAUAUUGAUUUCCAAUUUAAAAUAAAAUAAAAUAAAAUCCUCCAUAAAUGACUAGGUCUGACAGUUGAGCAAGUCUGGUCGUCACGCUGCUUUCAUUUUUGCACAAAAUCCCCCCAGCAGUUCUGUUCGCACGAACCGACUCAUUUAAAGCAUUCUUGGGGAACGUUUAUGGUUUAUGAAUGAACUUUUCCACCUUGAACUUUCCUCAACGUUCAACUCUGCGGUGAGUCACAGGUUGAAUACACCCGACACCCGCCUGUUUCCUGUAUCGUAAAGACUGGCUUUAACUGGGACCACUGCUGUUGUGCAAUCAACGACUUUGAUGCUUUGAAGUAGUGUUCUAGUACUAGCAGUAGUACUGCGGAACUGAAAGUUAACCUGACACCACUGAUUGUCUUCCAUGCGCAUGCUGUGAGUGGAAAGUAUUCAGGUUUAAAAGUGGCCUGGCGGUCUGUGGACGUCCUCCGUAAAAAGAGCAGACCUCCCUCCUUCCUCCUCCGCCUGGGUCUUCCCCUAUUUUGCACUUCUCCUCAUCGCCUGGCCACACGGCGCUCCAGUCAUGGAGACUUUUGACUCAGCUCCCUCUGGACUGUCUGAUCACCAUCAUCGUCAUCGUCAUCAUCAUCAUCAAGCCCUGCACGGUUUCCAGAGAAGACAGUUGUGGCUUCAGGACAACAACUCUGACUGACAUCUUCAGAAGCUCGACAUGAACGCCGUUUCUCAAUCCGCGGACAUCCUGAAGCCAGCAGGCAUGGUGAACGCCACGAUGGCGUCCAACUUGACGGCGUGCGUUAAGAUAAACGACAGCACCGUCAGCGACCUCCUGAUGACCACCUACAUCGUGGCCUUCGUCUUGGGCUUGACCUUCAACGUCCUCACCGUCAGUCCCAUCUGGCAACAGGUGCGCAAGGAAAACGUGCUGGGCAUCUUCCUGCUCAGCCUGUGGCUGUCGGACAUGUUGUUCGUCUUCACCAUGCCGCUGUGGAUCAACUACUACCGCCAGGACCACCGCUGGAAGCUGGGCGUCACGUCCUGCAGCGUGGUGGGCUUCUUCUACUACUCCAACAUGUACAUCAGCAUCUUCCUGCUCUGCUGCAUCUCGGUGGACCGCUGCCUGGUGGUCACCUACCCGCUGCGCUCCAAGACCCACCGGACGUCCCGCUGCGCCUGGGCCCAGUGCGCCGCCGUCUACGUGGCGGUGAUGGCGCUGCACGUGGUCGUGCUGGUCAACGACAACCUCCCCGACGCCCACGACGACGCGUACAGCAACGACAGGUGUUACGAGACCUACCCCAUGCAGAAGCGCAUCGCCUUCUUCAACCUGCUGCGCGUGGGCGCCGGGUUCUUGCUCCCCCUGCUGGUGUUGGCCGUCAGCUACUGGAGGGUGCUCGCCAUCGUGGCGCAGAGUCCCGGCUUGAACGCGCAGGUCAAGAAAAAAGUCCGCCUCCUCUGCUUCGGCGUGAUCGGCAUCUUCUCCUUGUGUUUCGCGCCGUACCACGUUCUCCUCCUGGCCCGCUCGCUCGUCUUCUACACCCGCGAGCACGCCGGCUACUGCCAGUUCGAGCAGAGGAUGCACUUGCCGUUCUCCUGCACGCUGGCCUUGUCCAGCCUGAACUGCGUGAUGGACCCCGUGCUCUACAUGCUGCUCAGCAACGGCGUGCAGGAGGAGGUGAAAAUGUGCUGCAACCGGCAUAAAAGGACAGGAGCGGAAGAGUGCGCUCUGGCCGACCACGGCCGAAGAAAGACCAACAACAAUUUAAUCUGAAUGUCCGCAGGAUAAGGAUCAUCUACUUGCUUUAUCAGCCGCAUAAUCACCAUAUUUGUCCGCAGCUCUCAUAUCCUGCGCGGUGGAGAAGACAAGGAUCACCCGGUGGUCAUUCGCCUGACUUGUUGCAUAUUGUGCAGCAUCUGUGGACUCUCAGAUGGGUUUCAAAAUUGCAUGGUGAUAAGGAACAAGCGUUCUUCUAUAACAGAAGUAUAAAGGACGCAGGGGCCGCUUUGGACAUUAUAGGGCAGGGGUGGCAAACUCAAAUACAGAGUGGGCCAAAAUUUAAAACUGAACAAAGCCGCGGGCCAAGGUUGGACAAAUUAAUCUUUUAAUAGGGACCCAAACAAGUUUUGCAUUAAAUAUUGAACAAGCGAGACUUAUAUACCUUUAUAGUGGCAUGCAAAAUAAAGUUUAAAAUAAUACUAAUCAUUUAAAAAUAGCAAUGGCAUAUCAAAUCAAAUUUAAAUAUAAAUUGAAUGCCUCUUUUCUAUUUGCAGCCUUCUCAGGUAAAUAUCCAAAUAAACUUUUCCUACAGGCUAAUAAUAAAUGUUUAUAUUGUAGCGUCCAGGAAGAGGUAGUGCUGCAAGUGGUUGUUGUGUUUAUGUUGUGUUACAGUGCGGAUGUUCUGCCGAAAUUUGCUUGUCAUUCUCGUUUAGUGUUGGUUCACAGUGUGGCGCAUAUUUGUAACGGUCUUAAAGUUGUUUAUACGGCCACCCUCAGUGUGAUCUGUAUGGCUGUUGACCAAGCUUGCAUUACAUUAGCGUGUGUGUGUGUGUGUAAAAGCCACAUAUAUCAUGUGACCAGGCCGGCACGCUGUUUCUACAUAGGAAAAGCGGACGCGACGAAAGGUUUUAGAGGACGCUUGAGGCAGUGCCUUUAAGGCACGCCCCCAAUAUUGUUGUCCAGGUGGGAAUCGGGAGAAAUUUGGGAGAGUUGUUGCCCCCUGUGAUUUUCGUGAGGGGCACUGAAAUUUUGGAGUCUCCUUGGAAAAUCGGGGAGGGUUAGCAAGUAAGAAUAUUAGCGGUGAAUGCGGUGUUACAGCGACACCGCCGCUGUGUAAUACCGGCGGGCCAGCUCUAAUGUUAAUUUGAUAUUGCCUCAAGGGCCAAAUAAAAAUACAAAUUUAAAUAGAAAUAUAAUGCCUCUUUUCUAUUUACAGCCUUCUCAGGUAAAUAUCCAAAUAAACUUUUCCUACAGGCUAAUAAUAAAUGUUUAUAUUGUAGCGUCCAGGAAGAGGUAGUGCUGCAAGUGGUUCUGUGUAUUUGUUUUGUUGUGUUUAUGUUGUGUUACAGUGCGGAUGUUCUGCCGAAAUUUGCUUGUCAUUCUCGUUUAGUGUUGGUUCACAGUGUGGCGCAUAUUUGUAACAGUCUUAAAGUUGUUUAUACGGCCACCCUCAGUGUGACCUGUAUGGCUGUUGACCAAGCUUGCAUUGCAUUAGCGUGUGUGUGUGUGUAAAAGCCACAUAUAUCAUGUGACCAGGCCGGCACGCUGUUUCUACAUAGGAAAAGCGGACGCGACGAAAGGUUUUAGAGGACGCUUGAGGCAGUGCCUUUAAGGCACGCCCCCCAAUAUUGUUGUCCAGGUGGGAAUCGGGAGAAAUUUGGGAGAAUUGUUGCCCCCUGUGAUUUUCGUGAGGGGCACUGAAAUUUGGGAGUCUCCUUGGAAAAUCGGGGAGGGUUAGCAAGUAAGAAUAUUAGCGGUGAAUGCGGUGUUACAGCGACACCGCCGCUGUGUAAUACCGGCGGGCCAGCUCUAAUGUUAAUUUGAUAUUGCCUCAAGGGCCAAAUAAAAAUACAAAUUUAAAUAGAAAUUGAAUGCCUCUUUUCUAUUUACAGCCUUCUCAGGUAAAUAUCCAAAUAAACUUUUCCUACAGGCUAAUAAUAAAUGUUUAUAUUGUAGCGUCCAGGAAGAGGUAGUGCUGCAAGUGGUUCUGUGUAUUUGUUUUGUUGUGUUUAUGUUGUGUUACAGUGCGGAUGUUCUGCCGAAAUUUGCUUGUCAUUCUCGUUUAGUGUUGGUUCACAGUGUGGCGCAUAUAUGUAACAGUCUUAAAGUUGUUUAUACGGCCACCCUCAGUGUGACCUGUAUGGCUGUUGACCAAGCUUGCAUUGCAUUAGCGUGUGUGUGUGUGUGUGUGUGUAAAAGCCACAUAUAUCAUGUGACCAGGCCGGCACACUGUUUCUGUUUAGAGGAUGCUUGAGGCAGUGCCUUUAAGGCACGCCCCCCAAUAUUGUUGUCCAGGUGGGAAUCGGGAGAAAUUUGGGAGAAUUGUUGCCCCCUGUGAUUUUCGUGAGGGGCACUGAAAUUUUGGAGUCUCCUUGGAAAAUCGGGGAGGGUUAGAAAGUAAGAAUAUUAGCGGUGAAUGCGGUAUUACAGCGACACCGCCGCUGUGUAAUACCGGCGGGCCAGCUCUAAUGUUAAUUUGAUAUUGCCUCAAGGGCCAAAUAAAAAUACAAAUUUAAAUAGAAAUUGAAUGCCUCUUUUCUAUUUGCAGCCUUCUCAGGUAAAUAUCCAAAUAAACUUUUCCUACAGGCUAAUAAUAAAUGUUUAUAUUGUAGCGUCCAGGAAGAGGUAGUGCUGCAAGUGGUUCUGUGUAUUUGUUUUGUUGUGUUUAUGUUGUGUUACAGUGCGGAUGUUCUCCCGAAAGUUGCUUGUCAUUCUCGUUUAGUGUUGGUUCACAGCGUGGCGCAUAUUUGUAACAGUCUUAAAGUUGUUUAUACGGCCACCCUCAGUGUGACCUGUAUGGCUGUUGACCAAGCUUGCAUUGCAUUAGCGUGUGUGUGUGUGUGUAAAAGCCACAUAUAUCAUGUGACCAGAGGAUGCUUGAGGCAGUGCCUUUAAGGCACGCCCCCAAUAUUGUUGUCCAGGUGGGAAUCGGGAUAAAUUUGGGAGAAUUGUCGCCCCCUGUGAUUUUCGUGAGGGGCACUGAAAUUUGGGAGUCUCCUUGGAAAAUUGGGGAGGGUUAGCAAGUAAGAAUAUUAGCGGUGAAUGCGGUGUUACAGCGACACCGCCGCUGUGUAAUACCGGCGGGCCAGCUCUAAUGUUAAUUUGAUAUUGCCUCAAGGGCCAAAUAAAAAUACAAAUUUAAAUAGAAAUUGAAUGCCUCUUUUCUAUUUGCAGCCUUCUCAGGUAAAUAUCCAAAUAAACUUUUCCUACAGGCUAAUAAUAAAUAUUUAUAUUGUAGCGUCCAGGAAGAGGUAGUGCUGCAAGUGGUUCUGUGUAUUUGUUUUGUUGUGUUUAUGUUGUGUUACAGUGCAGAUGUUCUGCCGAAAUUUGCUUGUCAUUCUCGUUUAGUGUUGGUUCACAGUGUGGCGCAUAUUUGUAACGGUCUUAAAGUUGUUUAUACGGCCACCCUCAGUGUGACCUGUAUGGCUGUUGACCAAGCUUGCAUUGCAUUAGCGUGUGUGUGUGUGUAAAAGCCACAUAUAUCAUGUGACCAGGCCGGCACGCUGUUUCUACAUAGGAAAAGCGGACGCGACGAAAGGUUUUAGAGGACGCUUGAGGCAGUGCCUUUAAGGCACGCCCCCAAUAUUGUUGUCCAGGUGGGAAUGGGGAGAAAUUUGGGAGAGUUGUUGCCCCCUGUGAUUUUCGUGAGGGGCACUGAAAUUUGGGAGUCUCCUUGGAAAAUCGGGGAGGGUUAGCAAGUAAGAAUAUUAGCGGUGAAUGCGGUGUUACAGCGACACCGCCGCUGUGUAAUACCGGCGGCCAGCUCUAAUGUUAAUUUGAUAUUGCCUCAAGGGCCAAAUAAAAAUACAAAUUUAAAUAGAAAUUGAAUGCCUCUUUUCUAUUUACAGCCUUCUCAGGUAAAUAUCCAAAUAAACUUUUCCUACAGGCUAAUAAUAAAUGUUUAUAUUGUAGCGUCCAGGAAGAGGUAGUGCUGCAAGUGGUUCUGUGUAUUUGUUUUGUUGUGUUUAUGUUGUGUUACAGUGCGGAUGUUCUGCCGAAAUUUGCUUGUCAUUCUCGUUUAGUGUUGGUUCACAGUGUGGCGCAUAUUUGUAACGGUCUUAAAGUUGUUUAUACGGCCACCCUCAGUGUGACCUGUAUGGCUGUUGACCAAGCUUGCAUUGCAUUAACGUGUGUGUGUGUGUAAAAGCCACAUACAUCAUGUGACCAGGCCGGCACGCUGUUUCUGUUUAGAGGAUGCUUGAGGCAGUGCCUUUAAGGCACGCCCCCCAAUAUUGUUGUCCAGGUGGGAAUCGGGAGAAAUUUGGGAGAAUGGUUGCCCCCUGUGAUUUUCGUGAGGGGCACUGAAAUUUGGGAGUCUCCUUGGAAAAUCGGGGAGGGUUAGCAAGUAAGAAUAUUAGCGGUGAUAAUAGCUGUAUAAUACCGGCGGGCCAGCUCUAAUGUUAAUUUGAUAUUGCCUCAAGGGCCAAAUAAAAAUACACGGCGGGCCAGAGUUUGACACCCAUGUUAUAGGGGAACCGCACUUCUGCCUAUGGUUCACAAUCAUUAUGAAAGCCAUAACGACAUAUGGAUUUUUAAUGCAUUCUAAACAUUAAAUAAAUGCGAUCAAAAGGUCCACUUUAGUGUUGUACCGAUACCGGUACCAAAAUCAUUUCGAUACUUUUCUAAAUAAAAAAAAUUUGCAUAAAUUGAUUUUUGUUUACAAAAAAUCUUACGGUACAUUAAACAUAUGUUUCUUAUUGCAAGUUUGUCCUUAAAUAGUGAACGUACAUGACAACUUGUCUUUUAGUAGUAAGUAAGCAAACAAAGGCUCCUAAUUUAGACACAAGCAGUAAAGCAGUGGUUCUCAACCUUUUUUCAGUGAACAUUUUUUUGGAUUCAAGUACCCCCUAAUUAUUUUUGGUUGAAAAAAAGAGAUAAAGAAGUAAAAUGCAGCACUAUGUCAUCAGUUUCUGAUUUGUUAAAUUGUAUAACGGUGCAAAAUAUUGCUCAUUUGUAGUGGUCUUUCUUGUACUAUUUGGAAAAAAAAGAUAUACAAAUAAUUAAAAACGUACCAAGUUAUUCAAUUAUAAAUAAAGAUUUCCACACAUAGAAGUAAUCAACUUAAAGUGCCCUCUUUGGGGAUUGUAAUAGAGAUCCCUCUGGAUUCAUGAACUUAAUUUCUUCACAAAAAAAUAAAUCUUUAACAUCAAUAUUUAUGGAACAUGUCCACAAAAAAAAUCUAGCUGUCAACACUGUUGCAUUUGUUUUCAAAGUUUAUGAACUUACAUUCAUAUUUUGUUGAAGUAUUAUUCAAUAAAUAUAUAUAAAGGAUUUUUGAAUUGUUUCUAUUUUUAGAAUAUUUUUUAAAAUCUCACGUACCCCUUGGCAUACCUUCAAGUACCCCCAGAGGUACACGUACCCCCAUUUGAGAACCACUGCAGUAACAUAACGUAUAAUUUUCCUUUAUAUUAUUUUGUCAAUAUUAUUAAGGACAAGUGGUAGAAAAUCAAUUAUUAAUCUAUGUCAGGUUCAAACACUGAUGACAUCUAUUAAACGAGACAAGAAGCAAGGAAUUAAACUAAAUUUGGCAUUAGAAUGCUGACUGAUGUUCAUAUAUUAAUCUAAAAGUGAAUAUAUGAACAUCAUAAUGACAGCAUUAGAAAGCAUUAAAAAAAAUACAUCCGUCGUAAUGAUUGUGAACAAUAGGCAAAAUUCCUCCAAAAAAGUGAAGUUCCCCUUUCACGGCCUUACUGGACGACCCAAUUAUGAAUGUACAAAAUGAGGGGGAAAACACUGGAAACAAACCAAAUUAAGGGGGACUGCAUUUUAAGAAAAUGUGAACCAAAAUGCCUUUGGUUCACAAUCAUUAUGCAAGACAGAUGGAUUUCUAAUGCAUUCUAAAUAUUAAAAAAAAUGCGAUCAAAAGUCUGCUUACAUAUAAAGCUGCUCUAUACUGCCUAUAAAGCCCUUAAAAAACUUUCAAACACCUCCAUUGAGGUUUUAUGUACGUGAUUAACAGGCAUGAUUAACAGGCACAUUUAUAAUAUUAUUACAUAUUUAAUAUUUACGGAUUUUGAGCAGCAUCUCCACGUUUCCUUUUUUUCCCCCAUCAUCACUGAUUAUUACUCACUGCAAACUUCCUGAGAGCCAACAAACAUAAAAAUUACUUACAGCAGUGGUCCCCAACUUUUUCAUAGCUGCGAACCGGUCAACGCUUGAAAAUGUUUACCACGGACCGGGUUUUUUUAUUUUUUUAAAUUUUUUUAAUGAAAAAGACAUGCACCUGGGGAUAAGUUGAUUGGCAACACUAAAUUGGCCCUAAUGUGGGAAUGUGAGUGUGAAUGUUGUCCGUCUAUCUGUGUUGGCCCUGCGAUGAGGUGGCGACUUGUCCAGGGUGUACCCCGCCUUCCGCCCGAUUGUAGCUGAGAUAGGCGCCGGCGCCCCCCGCGACCCCAAAAAUGGAAUAAGUGGUAGAAAAUGGAUGGAUGGAUGAAGAAAUACAAUCAUGUCUGCUUACGGACUGUAUCCCUACAGACUGUAUUGAUCUAUAUUGAUAUAUAAUGUAUAUAUUGUGUUUUUUAUGUUGAUUUAAUAAUAAUAAAAAAACACAAAACAUUUAAAAAAUAUAUAUAUAUUUUUUUUAUUUCUUGUGCGGCCCGGUACCAAUCGGUCCGCGGACCGGUGGUUGGGGACCGCUGACUUACAGUACGAAGUCUGCUGUCAUUAGGAUGCUGACUGUUAUGAUGUUCGUAUAUUAAUCUAAAUGUGAAUAUAUGAACAUCAUAAUGACAGCAUUAGAAAGCAUUAAAAAAAAAAUACGUCUGUCGUAAUGAUUGUGAACAAUAGGGAAGUAAAGUGUGAAGUGAAUUAUAUUUAUAUAGCGCUUUUUCUCUAUAGACUAUACAAAGCACUUUACAUAGUGAAACCCAAUAUCUAAGUUACAUUUAAACCAGUGUGGGUGGCACUGGGAGCAAGUGGGUAAAGUGUCUUGCCCAAGGACACGACGGCAGUGACUAGGAUGGCGGAAGCGGGGAUUGAACCUGCAACCCUCAAGUUGCUGGCACGGCCGCUCUACCGACCGAGCUAUACUGAAUAGGCAAAAUUCCUCCCAAAAAAGUGAAGUUCCCCUUUCACGGCCUUGCUGGACGACCCAAUUAGGAAUGUAAAAAAUGAGGGUGAAAACAAACUAAAUAAAGGGGAAUUGUACUUAAAAAAAAAAUGUUUUCUAUCGUUCACAAUCCUAAUGAGAGACAAGAAGACAAGUUAGUUUUUUUCCGCUUUUUAGCCUGAUAAUUGGUUCGUUCGAGGUGGCUAGCAAUCAAUUCGUCCUCCAAAUCCGUUUAAAAAUACAUUCAAAAACCGUCAACAAUGCUUCAUCUGCGUUCCGUAAGCCGUGUAACAACCCAGCUGUAGCAACGUUGUUAUUGUAAGAGUGAACACUGGGGUACUCUUUUUCUAGCGUACGAACCGCGGUAUUAGCCGUCAAAGUUAGCUACGGCAAGAGAUAAGCUUAAUUCUACGAUAGAAUACCAAUCUGUACCGACUGAAAAACAUGAUCAUAUUACAGUAUCUCUAUAAUAUUAGCCCACAUUUCAUGUUUUCUUUGUACACAGCUGAGCUAGCCAGACAGCGUGUGUACCGUUUAUGUUCAACCUCGUAACGUAAACGUAAGCCAAUAAAGUAGAAAUUAUCCGGAUCACUCCCUAAACAUAAACGCUUGUCCCUUUCCCAUUCUUGAUAUUUUUCUGAAAGUUUCAUCAUAAUCUUUUCAGCUAUGUUAAUGACUAACUCAGUUUUUUUUUCAACCACUGUGCUGCGGCACACUUGUGUACCAUGAGAUAUUGUCUGGUGUGCCGUGGGAAAUUAUGUAAUGUCACCUAUUGGUCAAAACAAAUAUAUUUUUUUUAAACCAGUAAUUAUAAAUCGCAAAUAAUUUGCCGUUGUAGAGUUUCUGUGCUGUCUAGAGCAGUGUUUUUCUACCACUGUGCCAUGAGAUUAUCUAAUUUCACCUAUUUGGGUUAAAAAUAUUUUUUUGCAAACCAGUAAUUAUAGUCUGAAAACGAUGUGUUAUUGUUGAGUGUCGGUGCUGUCUGGAGCUCGGCAGAGUAACCGUGUAAUACUCUUCCAUAUCAGUAGGAGGUAGCCGGUAGCCAAUUGCUUUGUAGAUGUCGGGAACAGCGGAAGGCAGAGUGCAGGUACAAAAGGUGUCUAAUGCUUAAACCAAAAAUAAACAAAAUGCGGGUGCCCCUAGGAAAAGGCAUUGAAGCUUAGGGAAGGCUAUGCAGAACGAAACUAAAACUGAACUGGCUACAAAGUAAACAAAAACAGAAUGCUGGACGACAGCAAAGACUUACUGCGGAGCAAAAACAAUGCACGUCCGAACAUGAAACGUCAAUCAACAAAAUCCCCACAAAGGAUAAAAACAACUGAAAUAUUCUUGAUUGCUUAAACAAAGUAGAUGCGGGAAAUAUCGCUCAAAGGAAGACAUGAAACUGCUACAGGAAAAUACCAAAACAAGAGAAAAAGCCACCAAAAUAGGAGCGCAAGACAAGAAGUAAAACACUACACACAGGAAAACAGCAAAAAAGUCCAAAUAAGUCAGGGCGUGAUGUGACAGGUGGUGACAGUACACCUACUUUGAGACAAGAGCUAUAGUGAUGCAUGCUUGGUUAUGGUUUAAAGUCAUACCCAACAAUGGUGACAACGACUUUUUACUGUCAUCUAAGUUUCGUUUUUUAAUGAUUUCUGCUGGUAGUGUGCAUCCGCCUUCAAUGCAAGAAAUGUGCCUUGGCUCAAAAAAGGUUGAAAAACACUGGACUAACCAACAGACAAACCCCAGCGAGGUAAUAAUGAAGAUACAGACAGCAGCGGCUUUAGCUACAGGUGGUCCAAGGGGCGAUGCCAGAUUAAGUCAGGAAAAGAUUGCUAUUUUUCAGUCAGGAUUAUGUGGCACAAGGCGCCACACGACCACUGCACACACAUUUAUUGCAUGACUAUGUGAAAGGAAAUAAAAACAUGUGUGAGCACAACCAUACACGAGAUCUUUAUAUAUCCUCAUGCUGUUGUCUACAUACUCGUGAUUGUUUCAUACUCGGGGUGUAACGGUACGUGUAUUUGUAUUGAACCGUUUCGGUACGGGGGUGUACCGAACGAGUUUCCAAGCUAAAGUCUUAACAAGCUGCUUUGCUUAUUCUAGCUCUGUCUCAUCACCCAACAUUGUCCCACCCACACAACCAUCUGAUUGGUUACAUAUAUAGCGAUAACAGCCAAUCAGCAGUGUGUAUUCAGAGCACAUAUAGUAAAUGCUUCAGCAUCGAGCAGAUAGGUGUUAAGCAGGUGAGUAUAAGGCAGCGUUGCUCCCCAAAUGAUAAUAAACACCUCCCAGUCAACUAGUAUAGCAUCACUAUGAGCCCGUUGACCUUCUAGAAACUUAAACUGCAGCUUAGCUCGCUCGCAGUUCUGGCUUGAGGUGAAGGCUAAUUAGCGUUUGGCGUAACGUUAGCUCAUUUUGCGGUGUGUGUGUUUUUCGGACAGAAAAGCUUUGAAUGGCAGGGUCCCUGCUAUCACAUGUUGAUAAAUAUAUCCAUCCAUCUUCUUCCGCUUAUCCGAGGUCCGGUCGCGGGGGCAGCAGCCUAAGCAGGGAAGCCCAGAUUUCCCUCUCCCCAGCCACUUUGUCUAGCUCUUCCCGGGGGAUCCCGAGGCGUUCCCAGGCCAGCCGGGAGACAUAGUCUUCCCAACGUGUCCUGGGUCUUCCCCGUGGCCUCCUACCGGUUGUACGUGCCCUAAACACCUCCCUAGGGAGGGGUUCGGGUGGCAUCCUGACCAGAUGCCCGAGCCACCUCAUCUGGCUCCUCUCAAUGUGGAGGAGCAGCGGCUUUACUUUGAGUUCCUCCCGGAUGGCAGAGCUUCUCACCCUAUCUCUAAGGGAGAGACCCGCCACCCGGCAGAGGAAACUCAUUUCGGCCGCUUGUAUCCAUGAUCUUAUCCUUUCGGUCAUGACCCAAAGCUCAUGACCAUAGGUGAGGAUGGGAACGUAGAUCGACCGGUAAAUUGAGAGCUUUGCCUUCCGGCUCAGCUCCUUCUCCACCACAACAAAUCGGUACAACGUCCACAUUACUGAAGACGCCGCACCGAUCCGCCUGUCGAUCUCACGAUCCACUCUUCCCCCACUCGUGAACAAGACUCCUACGUACUUGAACUCCUCCACUUGGGGCAGAGUCUCCUCCCCAACCCGGAGAUGACACUCCACCCUUUUCCGGGCGAGAACCAUGGACUCGGACUUGGAGGUGCUGAUUCUCAUUCCGGCCGCUUCACACUCGGCGGCGAACCGAUCCAGUGAGAGCUGAAGAUGAAGCCAUCAGGACCACAUCAUCUGCAAAAAGUAGAGACCUAAUCCCGCGACCACCAAACCGGAACCCCUCAACGCCUUGACUGCGCCUAGAAAUUCUGUCCAUAAAAGUUAUAAACAGAAUCGGUGACAAAAGACAGCCUUGGCGGAGUCCAACCCUCACUGGAAACGUGUCCGACUUACUGCCAGCAAUGCGGACCAAGCUCUGGCACUGAUCGCACAGGGAGCGGACUGCCACAAUAAGACAGUCCGAUACCCCAUACUCUCUGAAAACUCCCCACAGGACUUCCCGAGGGACACGGUCGAAUGCCUUCUCCAAGUCCACAAAGCACAUGUAGACUGGUUGGGCAAACUCUCAUGCACCCUCAAGAACCCUGCCGAGAGUAUAGAGCUGGUCCACAGUUCCACGACCAGGACGAAAACCACACUGUUCCUCCUGAAUCCGAGGUUCGACUAUUCGGCGUAGCCUCCUCUCCAGUGCACCUGAAUAAACCUUACCGGGAAGGCUGAGGAGUGUGAUCCCACGAUAUUUGGAACACACCCUCCGGUCCCCCUUCUUAAAGAGAGGACCCACCACCCCGGUCUACCAAUCCACGCAAUGCUGCAGAGUCUUGUCAACCAAGACAGCCCCACAACAUCCAGAGCCUUAAGGAACUCCGGGCGGAUCUCAUCUACCCCCGGGGCCUUGCUGCCGAGGAGCUUUUUAACUACCUCAGCAACCUCAGCCCCAGAAAUAGGAGAGCCCACCACAAAUUCCCCAGGCACCGCUUCCUCAUAGGAAGACGUGUUGGUGGGAUUGAGGAGGUCUUCGAAGUAUUCCCUCCAACGAUCCACAACAUCCGCAGUCGAAGUCAGCAGAACACCAUCCGCACCAUACAAGGUGUUAACAGUGCACUGCUUCCCCUUCCUGAGGCGGCGGAUGGUGGUCCAGAAUCGCUUCGAAGCCGUACGGAAGUCGUUCUCCAUGGCUUCCCUGAACUCCUCCCAUGUCAGAGUUUAUGCCUCCGCGACCGCUAAAGCUGCACACCGCUUGGCCCGUCGGUACUUGUCUGCUGCCUCCGGAGUCCUAUGAGCCAAAAGAACCCGAUAGGACUCCUUCUUCAGCUUAACGGCAUCCCUCACUGCUGGUGUCCACCAACGGGUUCUGGGAUUACCGCCACGACAGGCACCAAACACCUUGUGGCCACAGCUCCAAUCUGCCGCCUCGACAAUAGAGGUGCGGAACAUGGUCCACUCGGACUCAAUGUCCCGCACCUCCCUCGUGACAUGUUCAAAGGUCUUCCAGAGGUGGGAAUUGAAACUCUCUCUCACAGGAGACUCUGCCAGACGUUCCCAGCAGACCCUCACAAUGCGCUUGGGCCUGCCAGGUCUGUCCGGCAUCCCCCCCCACCAUCGCAGCCAACUCACCACCAGGUGGUGAUCGGUAGAAAUCUCCGCCCCUCUCUUCACCCGAGUGUCCAGAACAUGAGACCGCAAAUCCGAUGACACAACUACAAAGUCGAUCAUGGAACUGCGGCCUAGGGUGUCCUGGUGCCAAGUGCACAUAUGGACACCCUUAUGUUUGAACAUGGUGUUCGUUAUGGACAAUCCGUGACGAGCACAAAAGUCCAAUAACAAAACACCACUCGGGUUUAGAUCCGGGCGGCCAUUCUUCCCAAUCACGCCUCUCCAGGUUUCACUGUCGUUGCCAACAUGAGCGCUGAAGUCCCCCACUAGGACAAGGGAAUCACCCGGGGGAGCACUUUCCAGUACUCCCUCGAGUGUACCCAAAAAGGGUGGGUACUCUGAACUGCUGUUUGGGGCGGAAGCACAAACAACAGUCAGGACCUGUCCCCCCACCCGAAGGCGGAGGGAAGCUACCCUCUCGUCCACUGGGUUGAACUCCAGCGUGCAGGCUUUGAGCCGGGGGGGAAACGAGAAUUGCCACCCCAGCCCGUCGCCUCUCACUGCCGGCAACGCCAGAGUGGAAGAGAGUCCAGUGCAGGGUUUCCCACACAUUCAUUUAUUUGUGGCGGCCCGCCACGAAUAAAUUAUAGCCGCGACAAUAAAAAAAAUAAAUAAAUAAAUAAAUAUUUUUUGGGGGGGCUUUUGACUCGCUCGACCGCUCAUAAAAGCAAUGGGACUCUGUCUGUGAAUGGAGCUUGUAGUUACAUAUUAUAUAAAUAUGUAAAUAGUAUAUAAAUAUGUAUAUAAAUACGUACAUAAAGUGUUGUAAUUAUAUUCCAACUCCGCGUUCUUUUUGGUCAUCGCCCCCCUCCCCAUCAUUUUUAUGCGUUAUUUUUCUCGUACAGUGUUAAAGGCCUACUGAAAUGAGAUUUUCUUAUCCAAACGGGGAUAGCAGGUCCAUUCUAUGUGUCAUACUUGAUCAUUUCGCAAUAUUGCCAUACUUUUAAUAGAGAACAUCGACGAUAAAGUUCGCAACUUUUGGUGUGGAUAAAAAAAGCUUUACCUUUACCGGAAGUAGCAGACGAUAUGCGCGCGACGUCACGGGUUGUGGAGCUCCUCACAUCCUCACAUUGUUUACAAUCAUGGCCACCAGCAGCGAGAGCGAUUCGGACCGAGAAAGGGACAAUUUCCCCAAUAAUUUGAGCGAGGAUGAAAUAUUCAUGGAUGAGGAAAGUGAGAAUGAAGUAGGGCUGGGCGACAUUGGCUUUUAUUAGUAUCGCGAUAUUUUUAUGCCAUAUUGCGAUAUAUGUUAUGAUAUUUUGCCUUGGCCUUGAAUGAACACUUGAUGCAUAUAAUCACACCAGUAUGAUGAUUAUGUGUCUACAUUAAAACAUUCUUCUUCAUACUGCAUUAAUAUAUGCUACUUUUAAACUUUCAUGCAGAGAGGGAAACCACAACUAAGUCAAUUGACCAAAAGGGCCUUUAUUAAAGUCCUACUGAAAGCCACUACUAGCGACCACGCAGUCUGAUAGUUUAUAUAUCAAUGAUGAAAUAUUAACAUUGCAACACAUGCCUUUAAACGCCAAUUUCAGUAGGCCUUUAAAGGCCUGCUAAAAUGAGAUUUUCUUAUUUAAACAGGGAUAGCAGGUCCAUUCUACGUGUCAUACUUGAUCAUUUCGCGAUAUUGCCAUAUCUUUGCUUGAAGGAUUUAGUAGAGAACAUCGACGACAAAGUUCGCCACUUUUGGUACUUCCUGAAAAAGCCUCCUCACAUAUUCACAUUGAUUUUAAUGGGAGCCUCCAACAAAAACAGCUAUUCGGACCGAGAAAACGACAAUUUCCCCAUUAAUUUGAGCGAGGAUGAAAGAUUUGUGUUAGAGGAUAUUGAUAGCGACGGACUAGAAAAAAAAUAAAUAAAAAUGAGUUGAAAAAAACAAAAAAAAACGCGAUAGCAUUGGGACGUAUUCCGAUGUUUUUAAACACAUUUACUAGGAUAAUUCCGGGAAAUCCCUUAUAUUUCUAUUGUGUUGCUAAUGUUUUAGUGAGUUUAAUAGUACCUGAUAGUCGGAGGGGUUCGUCCACGGGUGUCGACGGCAGCUGUACGGAUGACACAAGCUCAGCUGUUGGGGGGGGGGGGGGCGUAGGUGUAUAUUGUAGUGCGGAAGAGUUAGGGCUGCAUGGGAUUCGGGGUAUUUGUUCUAUUGUGUUUAUGUUUUGUUACGGUGUAGAUGUUCUCCCAAAAUUCUUGUUUGUUGUGGGUUCACAGUGUGGCACAUAUUUGUAACAGUGUUAAAGUUGUUUAUACGGCCACCCUCAGUGUGACCUGUAUGGCAGUUGAUCAACUAAGUCUUGCAGUUGCUUACUGUGUCUACAGAAGUCAAAUAUAACAUGUGGCCUAGAAAAUAAGAGUCUCGGAAAGCUUUUCCGAGACUCUGUAUUUAGUUAGCGCAGGCAGCAUGAAGCAGGGCUUUUAUUGUGAAGAUAGGAAAUGUGCAGUCGGCCUUUAGAGUUUUGACGGAAGGUACGGCGCGAGAGUCUGUUGAAAUAAAAAGUGUUUCUCGCCUUCCUCUCUGUCAUUUUUUCAUAAUAAUCAACUGGCAGCAGCCAGCGUCAUCUCACAAGACCCUCGGGUGCCGUGAAUGUCAAUCAAGCAAGCUACGGAAUUUGCCGCCAAUGUUUUUCUUGUAAAGUGUAUGGAAGCUGGAUGAAUUAGAUGCCAAAAACCAACCAUUUUCAUGUGGUAUUGUACAGAAAGGACAACUUUUUUUCUCCUCCAUUUGAAAAUGUGGGCGUUAUCAUCAUUACUGUCUGAUUCCAAUCAAUGCAAGUCAUCAGAAUCAGGUAAUACACCAACUUAUAUUCUUGUCUUGGUGAAAGAAAGACAUCUAUAUGUGUUACACAUGCUUGUAUUAUCAUUAAACACAUUUAACUUGUUUACAAAAAUGUCUCUUUCAUAAAUAAAUAAAUAUAAAUGAUAUAUAUAAAUGAGGUAGAUCCCCUCGAGUUGGUCAAUUGAAAAGUAGCUCGCCUGCAGAAAAAGUGUGGGCACCCCUGCUGUAGAGGAUCGCUGAAGACAGUGCCUCCACGGUGAACCCUUAAUAUUGUUGUUUGGGUGAAAUUCGGGAGAAUGAUUAACCCUGGAGGGGCACUGAAAAUUGGGAGUCUCCUGUAAAAAUCGAGGGUACACAAGUAUGACGCUGUAAAGCACCAUUCAUAAAAAACUAGCGGGCCGCACCAACAUUAUAUUUUCAUAUUAAGGUGUGGGCCGCCAAAUAACGUCUCGCGAGCCGCAAUUGGCCCGCGGGCCGCGUGUUUGAGACCCCUGACCUAUACAAAGCAAUCAGUGCACUAAAUGUGGUUAUUAUCUAAACACAUUUAAAAGUACAUUCAAUACACAAUUGUGAUCAUUAGUUUAAGUCAUAAACCUUUUAUAUGGACGAUUGAGAAUAUGCCAGAAAGACUGUUGCAAUGAAACAAUCGAAGAAAGAUGAAUGCUUAAGGUGCUAUUGUCAUAAAUAUAAAUAUGGACUCACCAACUCAGCUUCUAAAGUCAUUCACAGCUUAAUGACAAAGAAUAGUGGGCUCUGUAAAGUUACAAAUAGGAAAGUAGUUUAAAAUCCGUCAGCAUAAUAUUUCAGGUGAAAAACGAGAAUUAAAAAUCUACCUCGAGCAGAAAUACAAUCGAUCACCCACUUCCUGCUACCGGCUUGUAAGCACCACUAAUUGGACCGUGGCGGUCACGUGACGAGAAGAGUGCGCUGAGCUCCCAAAGAGUAAAUCCGAGCAAGAGCAUACCAGUCACUUAACCUGCUACCGGCAUAUGACUAAAGCUGAUUGGUCUACGGUGGUCACGAGACUAGGAAGAGCCCAAAGAGUAAAUAGCAAGGCAAGAGCCUAAUAGUCUCUGUAAAAGUUUGUAUUUGACGCCUGCGUUACAUUGUCUUGUAGUAAGUAAGCAAACAAAGGCACCUAAUUUAGUCUGCGGACAUAUGCAGUAACAUAUUGUGUCAUUUAUCAUUCUAUUAUUUUGUCAACAUUAUUAAGGACAAGCGGUAGAAAAUGAAUGAUUAAUCGACUUGUUCAUUAACUGUUAAUAUCUGCUUGCUUUCUCUUUUAACAUGUUCUAUCUACACUUCUGUUAAAAUGUAAUAAUCACUUAUUCUUCUGUUGUUUGAUACUUUACAUUAGUUUUGGAGGACACCACACAUUUGGGUAUCAAUCCGAUACCAAGUCGUUACCGGAUCAUACAUUGGUCAUAUUCAAAGUCCUCGUGUGUCCAGGGACAUAUUUCCUGACCUUAUAAACGUAAUAUACAUUUUUUUUUAAAUGAAAGAAGAUGCCAAAAAAUAUCGAGGUAUUCAUAGUAGUAUCGACUAGAUACGUGCCUGUACUUGAUAUGUGAAUGUGAAUUAUAUUUAUAUAGCACUUUUUCUCUAGUGACUCAAAGCGCUUUACAAAGUGAAACCCAAUAUCUAAUUUUUUGUAUAUAAACCAGUGUGGGUGGCACAGGGAGCAGAUGGGUAAAGUGUCUUGCCCAAGGACACAACGGCAGUGACUAGGAUGGCGGAUGCGGGAAUCGAACCUGCAACCCUCAAGUUGCUGGCACGGCCGCUCUACCAACCGAGCUAUACCGCCCGAGCUAUACCGCCCCCUGAUAUCAGGUAUCAGGAUGUUAGGUGUAGAUCCACCAAUGGCGUUUGUUUACAUUUUGAUGCUGGUGAGCUACGGUGUGUAGCUAAACCUCGUCCUGCAGGGAAGAUACUUGUCGGAAACUUACUUUAUUUGUCGCCAUGGAGGCGAGGAUUUCCUGUGAUAAAAUGCCAACCGAGGUAAACAAACAGGUCAACCAACAAACAAGAUUUCUCAACAGAAUCUCCUGUCCGGUCAACAAAAGCACCAUGUAGAGUCUAGCGCAGGCCAGCUACUUUUCAAUUGACCAACUCGAGGGGAUCUACCUCAUUUAUAUUUAUCAUUUAUAUUUAUCUAUUUAUGAGAGAGACAUUUUUGUAAACAAGUUAAAUGUGUUUAAUGAUAAUACAAGCAUGUGUAACACAUAUAGAUGUCUUUCUUUCACAAAGACAAGGACAUGGUGUAUUACCUGAUUCUGAUGACUUGCAUUGAUUGGAAUCAGAC